AGUUGGUGGGUUAAAAUUCUUAAUUUGCAGAAAUCAUGAAGAUUCAUAAUUUUCCAUUAAUUUUUUUCUUUGUGUUUUUGGGGAACCCAAUGCUUUCUUCAUCUAUUCCAUGGAAGAUGAACAAAAACUUAAACAGCUACAGGCGAGAUUUUAAUAUUGCAGAGGAAUACCUCUCCAAAUACUUUAGCAAAGAGGCAGACUACAUAGGCAUGUUAAAAGCAUCAGACACCUCCCUAGUACAAAAACUCAGAGAGAUGCAGUCAUUCUUUGGUUUGAGAGUCACUGGGAGAUUGGACCGUAAAACUCUACAAAUCAUGCAGACGCCUCGAUGCGGAGUCCCUGAUGUGGGUAGCUAUCGGCUCUUUCCUGGAAUACCCAAAUGGAAAAAAAAUAUCAUAACCUACAGAAUAGCAAAAUAUACAUCAAAACUAAGUCAAGCUGAAGUAGAUACUGCGAUUGACUUGGGCCUGAAAGCAUGGAGCAGUGUCACUCCACUGCAUUUUCAGAAGAUCCAUAGUGGAGAAGCGGACAUCAUGAUAUCCUUUGAAGUUGGAGCUCAUGGUGAUGCAUACCCCUUUGAUGGACCUCGAGGGACCCUGGCACAUGCAUUUGCUCCAGCAGAAGGCCUUGGUGGUGACACACAUUUCGACGAUGAAGAAAAAUGGACAAUGGGAACUAAUGGGUUUAAUUUAUUCACAGUUGCUGCCCAUGAGUUUGGACAUGCUCUGGGGCUUGCACACUCCAGUGACCCAUCUGCUCUCAUGUAUCCGACCUACAAAUAUCAAAAUCCAAAAGGAUUUAGACUAGCAAGUGAUGAUGUACGAGGAAUUCAGUACUUGUACGGUAAAGCAUCAAAGAAUCCUGAAAAGCCACAGCCACCAGUUAUUAAUCCGUCACCACCUCAACCUCCAUUACAACCUGCACAUCCAGGAUCUCGAAGCCCAGAAAAGUGUGACCCAAAUUUGUCCUUUGAUGCAGUCACUGUUGUUGGCAAAGAAAUGCUUUUUUUUAAAGAAAGGUUCCUCUGGCGAAGACAGGCACAAAUGAAUAGUGCUGUCCCUGGCUACAUCAGAAGUGCAUUUCCUAAUAUUCUGACAAAUAUUGAUGCAGCUUAUGAUAUUCCAGAGAAAGGAACAGCAUACUUUUUUAAAGGCAGAUAUUAUUGGCCAUCAAAAGGGUUCCAGCUCAUGGGAAGCCCAAGAUCCAUCUCUGAUUUUGCACUGCCCAGUUCUGUGUCUCAGGUUGAUGCAGCAGUAUAUCUAAAGGACACUCGGCAGACUCUUUUCUUUGUAGGAAACCAGGUCUAUAGUUACAAUGAAGUUAAUGGUCGAAUAGAUGAGGGUUACCCUAAAAAUAUUGAAGAGGAAUUCUCUGGACUUACUGGUAAAGUUGAUGCAGCUGUUGAAGUAAAUGGAUCUGUUUAUUUGUUCUCUGGACCAAAUGCAUACAAGUAUGACAGCGAACGUGAAGAUAUUGUCCGUGUUGUGAAAGCCAAUUCCUGGCUCGGAUGUUAAUGUACAGUAUCAUUUCAUAGAAGUACAAUUUAUGAGCAUUUAAUGGGACAUUUUAAAUGCACUAUUCCAUAUAAAAGAGAAAACAACAGCACUAAGUACUGUACUAGAUUCUUUAACUUUGUGCAAUAUUUCCUCUCACUUGUGUCCGGUAAAUCUCUUAGCCAGUGACUGAGCUUAGAGAGUGAAGAACACUAUAAUUUAUUUUUAUGAACAAAACCAAUACCACCAUGUUUUUUCAUCAUAUUAUCUAUUUUUUGUAUGUGUGGAAUAAAUGGGAAAUUUUAAAAACAGACCAGAAUGUGGUCAGUUCAGAAAGUAUGUACUUUGUCUUUUCUCAAAUAUUGCAUUGAAUGUGCUUCUUUGUAAUACUCUGGCCAUUUUAAUAUGACAAAUUCCAUUACUUUCAUCUUUCAUACUGUCAUCACAAUUCAGCGACUCACUACUCAAUAUUGCUCUUUACAAUGGAAGUAACUUAAAAGCAUGGUUAGGAAUGUCUGCAUCGAUUUAUUGAUAUACAACUGUAGCAUGAUCAGUUCAAACCUGAAUGUUACUGUUUGAUCAAGAACAAAAUAAGUGACAUAGAUAUUAACAUACGAACGUAUGAAGAUACACAUGCAAAAACGUGUGUCUCUGCAUGUAUAUAGAUGUUUCUCUAGGUUUAAAGUAUGCUAGGCUCUACUGUGUAGGGUAGUUUUAAUAAAGGAGUGAACAGCAGUGUGAAUAUACCUUUUCAUCUGAGAUCUAAGUUCAGACAGGUGCACCAGUACUUAAAAACACACUUAAUAGAGUCGUCAUCUUUAAAAGAGUGCAGGCAUGUCAAUGAAAAUAUCACAGAUUAGUCAUCAAAGUCUUCACAAACUGUUUAAUACUUUUUUCCAACUUUACCAAC